AUGGUACGUGGAAAGAAGAGCGCACCGGAGUGUCAGGACCCUGAAACCAAGGACCGAUGUUUCUGGACACUGGACGAUGAAACACACCUCAUCCAAUACAUCGCUACCCACCGAGCUAAGGGUGGUAACGGAAUGAACUUUGACAAGACCUUCUGGACCUCUGCUUCUAAUGAGACAUCUAAACAUACCACACAAGGUGCGCCGAAGACAAUUGAUGCAUGCCAAUCGAAAUGGGUGCGGCUCCGUAGCACGUUUGGUGUUGUAGACUCAAUUGCGACCUAUUCUGGAUGGGAGUACAGUCUGGAGCAUGGCGCCAACAUCACAGCUGAAUCUGAGACGGUAUGGACUGACUACAUGGGCUCAUCGAAAGGAUCUGCACGGGUACGGGUAACCCGCGCGGGUCACGGGUACGGGUACUACUGGGGUACGGGUACGGGUUGGGAUUCUAAGACCCGCGCUCUUACCCCGGACGCCAUACUUCCCGCGUGCACGCUACAACCGGCACCACCACCAACACCGGCACCUAACGCGCCUUCCCAAGUCCACCAACUCCACGUUCACAGCGCGCGCGCCCGAAACGCGUCAACAAGUGUUGACGCGAUGCAAACACACGCGGACGACACGCGAAGACGAAAGGACAAGAGAAUCGAGGAAGGGAGAAGGGAUGGUAUAGAGAUGAAGGAGGAAAGAGGAACUCGAGGAGACGAGACUUUGGGCACGCUGAAAGUGAGUACUCACAUUGAAGACUCUACCCCCAGCAACAACGACGAUGUCAUACGCGUCACGUCGCCAGCGCCUAUCUUUGUGCGCCCAGCACUCACACCACCACCAGCUUUCACGCCAACGCCACCAUCCACGACGCCAACGCCACCCACCAUCCACGAUGCCGACGCCACCAUCCUCGACGCCAAUGCCACCAUCCACGACACCAACCGCCUCCACUCCUCCUUCUUGUGCCAUCCACAUAUGUUCGAGUCACGUCAGCAUUCGCUGACGUGUGCUGGACAUAUGUGCUAA